CUGUAUCGCUCGACUGAACUCUUUCCUACUGCUUCAGGACUGGAGAAUACGCGCAACACGAUGGGCUACGUAGCGCCAGGCUCCGCGCGCAAUAAUGGGAGUAAGCACGCGGAAGUCGCAGAGGCCACCACCCUACCCAGGCCGAGUGGCUCGAAGAAGCGCAAAGUCGGCGACGCUGGCCCGGCAUUCAUAGACCUGACCCAAGAUACGCCACCCAAGAAGCGCAAGUCGCAUGGGUCUGCCAUUUGCGCAGGGCCGCCGAAGAAGCGAAGCAAGCAAUCCCCGCUCAAAGACGACGAUGAAGCGCCCAAGUCGAAAGUCAGGAAGUCCAAGGACGAGGAGAAACGCCUCCGUCGCUGGCGCAAACACGCCCCAUCUUCCUACCUCGAAAUCCGCGACCGCGCCCUAACCCAGCGCAUGUUCGUCCUGGACCGCCAGCGCAGCACCACCAAUUCAGACUACCCCACGGAAACCAUCUCACUCGCCGGCACGACCGGCAACGUCUACACCAUCGUCGUCGACCAAGUGCCCUCCUGUGACUGUCCCCACGCGCGCAAAGGGAACCAAUGCAAACACAUCGCCUACAUUCUUUCCCGUGUUCUGCGCGUACCGGCAGAACUAGAGUACCAAUUAGCAUUUACAUCCUCCGAACUCCGCUCCAUCUUCGCCAACGCGCCACCCCUACCCUCCGAGACCGCCGCCGCAAGCCCACCAGAGCAGGACGGCAAGCGCAAACCAAUCGAAGGCGAAUGCCCCAUCUGCUGCGUCGAUUUCGAGCCCGAAAGCAGCGAGUCCGUCGUCUACUGCAAAGCCGCAUGCGGCAACAACAUCCACGCCGAGUGUUUUCGGCAGUGGGCCGCGACGAAAACCGGCGGGAGAGGGGCGGUGACAUGUCCAUUCUGUCGGACGCCUUGGGAGGAGCAAGGGGUGGUAGGUGGGAGUGCGGGUGAUGAGGCGGCGAGAAAGAUGGCGAGGGAGGGGUUGAUGAGGGGGGAGGAGGGGUAUGUGAAUGUGGCGGCGCAGUUGGGGAUGAGUGGAAGGAGGGAUUAUGCGAGUUAUCAUUCUUUUUGGGUGAGGGCGCAGGCGAGGAGAGGGUUGAUUGGGUGGGAGGGGCAGGGGGUGUAAUAUACGAUCGUUGACUGCAUCCUACGAACCGAGCAGCCAUACACGGGACAAUCAAACUCAAGCGUCGGGCGAGACGCGACUCUGCAGAAAGGACGAGAGCUUGCAGACGAAUAGGGCUGGUCGAAGCCGGCUGAAGACUCGCCAAAUGUGAUGCCGCUUGGAAAGUGGCUUGCUUGAUAAAGUGUAGCUUGAUUCCGUGGCAAGUCUGAACUACCUCCGGGAGGGCCCUUCGUUCAGGGCUUGGCAGCUCCGGAAGGGCUUGCUGCGCAUAGCGCGAUACGUGUAAUGGAGGAGUGUGGGUAUACCUUAGUCUUCCAGCCAUCCAGGGUCUUAGUCUGGAAGAUGAACUACGUACUACAGGAGGUUGCUGUGGUUUGAUUGAAGCUUGGAUUUUGCGG